GUCCUUGUUCAUCUGACGCUUUUCUCUUCUCUUCUCGGGGCCGCCGAAAAGCCCUUGGAGUCCCCUUCAGCCGGGCAAGGCAGAUUUGUGUGAAAUCCCUGACUCCUGAUUCCUCAGCUCGGCCGGUGCUGCCUUCGCUGGGUGGUGGGUUCUUAACUUUAUGUUGGCGAAAAUCCCAGGAGAGGCCAAGGCAGCAUGUGGUUUUCACGCUCCGAUUUUACUCCCUUAGCUACCACCAGUUAAGAAUGCACCUUCCCCCCCCCCCCCACACCCCCUCUGCUGAAGACACGCCCUAAAGGAAACAUGGUCAAGGACGGCCCCGUGAUCGCCGGCGGCGAGCGCUGAGGGUCGGGGGAGAGCCGCCAUGGCCGGCGCCUCCGUCAAAGUAGCCGUAAGAGUUCGGCCUUUCAGCUCCCGGGAGAUCAGCCGGGACGCGAAAUGCGUCAUCCAGAUGCAAGGGAAAACCACGUGUAUCACCAAUCCCAAGCUGACAAAAGAUGCUCCCAAAAACUUCACCUUCGAUUAUUCCUACUGGUCCCACACCUCGGAGGAGGACCCCGCCUUCGCCUCCCAGCGGCAGGUGUACAAGGACAUCGGGGAGGAGAUGCUGCUUCACGCCUUCGAGGGCUACAACGUCUGUAUCUUCGCCUACGGCCAGACCGGGGCCGGCAAGUCCUACACCAUGAUGGGCCGGCAGGAGCCGGGGCAGCAGGGGAUCAUCCCCCAGCUCUGUGAGGAUUUGUUCGCCCGGGUCGCCGAGAGCCGCUCCCCCGACCUGUCCUACUCCGUGGAGGUAAGCUACAUGGAGAUCUACUGCGAGCGGGUGCGGGAUCUGCUGAACCCCAAGAACCGGGGGCACCUGCGCGUGCGGGAGCACCCCAUCAUGGGCCCCUACGUGGAGGAUCUGUCCAAGCUGGCCGUCACCUCCUUCGCCGACAUCGCCGACCUCAUGGACUGCGGGAACAAGGCCAGGACCGUGGCCGCCACCAACAUGAACGAAAGCAGCAGCCGCUCGCACGCCGUGUUCACCAUCGUUUUCUCGCAGAGGAGACACGACGAGCUGACCGACCUCGACACCGAGAAGGUCAGCAAAAUCAGCCUGGUGGAUCUGGCCGGCAGCGAGCGAGCCGAGUCGUCCGGCGCCAAGGGCAUGAGGUUAAAGGAAGGUGCGAACAUCAACAAAUCCCUCACCACGCUGGGGAAGGUGAUCUCCGCCCUGGCCGAGAUGCAAAACAACAAGAAGAAGAAAUCGGAUUUCAUCCCUUACCGCGACUCAGUGCUCACCUGGCUGCUGAAGGAGAAUCUGGGCGGUAACUCCCGCACGGCCAUGAUCGCCGCCCUCAGCCCGGCCGACAUCAGCUACGAGGAGACGCUCAGCACGCUCCGCUACGCGGACCGGACCAAGCAGAUCCGGUGCAACGCGGUGAUCAACGAGGACCCGAACGCGCGGCUCAUCCGGGAGCUGAAGGAGGAGGUGGCCCGGCUGAGGGAGCUGCUCUUUGCCCAGGGCCUCUCCGACGCCCCCCUCCACGGCGGCUUGAAGGGGGAGGUGCCUGACAGCUGCUCCCCGGCGCCCCCGCGGCCCUUCGACCCCGCGGCCGAGCCCCGGUCCCCCGGCCCCCUCAACGGGGGGUCCGAGCCCUUCCCCACCCUGGAGGAGCAGGUCAUCUGCACGGAGGAGGCAAUGGAGAGGCUGCAGGAGACGGAGAAGAUCAUCGCGGAGCUGAACGAGACGUGGGAGGAGAAGCUGCGGAAAACCGAGGCUCUUCGGAUGGAGAGGGAGGCGCUCCUGGCCGAGAUGGGCGUGGCCGUGCGGGAAGACGGUGGCACGGUGGGGGUCUUCUCCCCGAAAAAGACCCCUCACCUGGUGAACCUGAAUGAGGACCCGCUCAUGUCGGAGUGUCUGCUCUACCACAUCAAGGACGGCGUGACCAGGGUGGGCCAGGUGGACGUCGACAUCAAGCUGACGGGACAGUUCAUCAAAGAGCAGCACUGCGUUUUCCAGAGCCGCACCGGCCCCGCCGGGGAAGCCAUCGUCACGCUGGAGCCGUGCGAGGGGGCUGAGACCUACGUCAACGGCAAGCAGGUGACGGAGCCGCUGGUCCUGAGGUCAGGUAACCGCAUCGUGAUGGGCAAGAACCACGUUUUCCGCUUCAACCACCCGGAGCAGACGCGGCUGGAGCGGGAGCGCAGCGCCCCCGCCGAGCCCCCGCCCGAGCCCGUCGACUGGAACUUCGCCCAGCGCGAGCUGCUGGAGGAGCAGGGCAUCGACAUCAAGCUGGAGAUGGAGAAGAGGCUCCAGGACCUGGAGAACCAGUACCGGCGGGAGAAGGAGGAGGCCGAUCUGCUCCUGGAGCAGCAGAGGCUGUACGCGGACUCGGACAGCGGGGACGACUCGGACAAGCGCUCGUGCGAGGAGAGCUGGCGGCUGAUCUCCUCGCUGCGGGAGAAGCUGCCGGCCACCACGGUGCAGGGCAUCGUGAAGCGCUGCGGCCUGCCCAGCAGCGGCAAGCGGCGGGAGCCCCUCCGGGUCUACCAGAUCCCGCAGCGCCGGCGCCUGGCCAAGGACCCGCGCUGGGUCACGCUGGCCGACCUGAAGAUGCAGGCGGUGAAGGAGAUCUGCUACGAGGUGGCGCUCAACGACUUCCGGCACGCGCGGCAGGAGAUCGAGGCCAUGAGCAUCGUCAAGAUGAAGGAGCUGUGCCGGCGCUACGCCAAGCGCGACCCCCACGAGAAGGAGAGCUGGCGGGCCGUGGCCCGGGACGUCUGGGACACCGUGGGGGUGGGCGAGGAGCGGGGCGAGGGGGAGCCCCACCCGGCCGUGGACGACCUGCGGGCCCACAUCGACAAGCUGACCGACAUCCUGCAGGAGGUCAAGAUCCAGAACACCAUGAAGGACGAGGAGAUCCGGGCCCUGCGCCACCGCGUGGUCAAGAUGGAGCGAGUCAUCCCCAUCUCCCAGGAGGACGGGGCGGCCGAGGAGCCGGCGUACGACUGGAGCUCCCCGCCGUUGGAGGCGGGGUCCCGGGAGGAGCCGGUGCCGGAGCCGGCGCCGGAGCGGAGCCACGAGCGCGUGUGCCGGCUGAUGGAGCAGGACCCGGCCUUCCGGCGCGGCCGCCUGCGCUGGCUGAAGCAGGAGCAGGCCCGGCUCCAGAGCCUCCAGCAGCAGCAGCUCGGCAAGUGCCUCCGCCGCCAGCCCCACGCCCCCGGCAAGUUCGUGCCCCCCCAGGACUGCAAGCUGCGUUUCCCUUUUAAGAGCAGCCCCCACCACCGCUACUCCUGGGGCCCCACCUCGGCCUUCAUGGUGGCCGGGGGCGAGGAGCCGCGGGCGGAGGGCGACGGGCCGGGCCAGGAGCCGGCCCCGGGGUCGCCCCGGCGGCCCUGCCCCCCCGGCGGCCCCCAGCACAAACACUGCAGCCGCCCCACGGCCCGGGCCCCCCACCGGCGCAACUCCCUGGACGGGGGGGGCCACGCCAAGCCCUCCCGCCCGGGCGCGCCGGAGCACCACCCGUCCCGCAAGCACAACUAUUACCCGCCGCAGCACCAGCCGUACCCGCCGCACCGCCCCAGCCGGCCCCCGCCCGCCCUCGCGCCCGCCCGCAUGCGCCGCCAGCACUCCGCCCCCGAGCUGCAGGAGCCGGGCACCCCGGUGUAGCCGCCGCCGAGCCGGAGCGGGGGAAAGGGAGGCGAGGCCCAGGGGAUUGUGGGAAAGCUGGGGGGCCAGGGCCGUGCAGCGGAGGAUCGGGGGACGUGAGGGCGAGCCCCCUUGGAUCAUGGGGAAAGCUGGGAGUGGAGGAUCAUGGGGAAUUGGAACAAGCCACGUUGGAUCAUGGGAAAAGUGCAGAGUGGAGGAUCAUGGGAAAUUGGCAUGAGCUGCAAAGGACGGUGGGAAACCGGAGGGAGGGGGGGCGGCCGUGGAGCUGCAGAGGAUCAUGGGAAAUUGGCGUGAGCUGCAAAGGAGGGUGGGAAACCGGAGGGAGGGGGGGCGGCCGUGGAGCUGCAGAGGAUCAUGGGAAAGUGGGGUGAGCUGCAAAGGAUGGUGGGAAACCGGAGGGAGGGGGCGACUGUGGAGCUGCAGAGGCUCAUGGGAAAGUGGGGUGAUCUGCAAAGGACGGUGGGAAACCAGCGGGAGGGGGCGACUGUGCAGCUGCAGAGGAUCAUGGGAAAUUGGCGUGAGCUGCAAAGGACGGUGGGAAACCGGAGGGAGGGGGCAACUGGAGCUGCAGAGGCUCAUGGGAAAUUGGCGUGAGCUGCAAAGGACGGUGGGAAACCGGAGGGAGGGGGCGACUGUGGAGCUGCAGAGGCUCAUGGGAAAGGGGGUGAGCUGCAAAGGCUGGUGGGUAAACCAGAGGGAGGGGGCGACUGUGCAGCUGCAGAGGAUCAUGGGAAAUUGGGGUGAGCUGCAAAGGAUGGUGGGAAACCCGCGGGAGGGGGCGACUGUGGAGCUGCAGAGGCUCAUGGGAAAGGGGGGUGAGCUGCAAAGGACGGUGGGAAACCGGAGGGAGGGGGCGACUGUGGAGCUGCAGAGGCUCAUGGGACAGGGGGGUGAGCCAGGGGGGCUCCUGGGACACUUGCAGAGUGGAGGAUCAUGGGAAAUCGGGGUGAACCGCAGAGGCUCAUGGGGGGGGGGAAAUGGGGCUGUCGUGACCUGUGGAGGUGGGAGAAAGGGGGGCGCUGCAGAGCAUGAUGGGAAAUGAAGUCCGGGCCCGAGUCGCAGAGGAUUGUGGGAAAUCAGACUGGGGCAGCUCCCGUGCGGGGGGUGGGCAGGAAACUCCCCCGGGGGGCAGCCGGCUGGGCCCCAAGCUCCCCGAAUGCGGGGCCUGUGCCCCCCAGGGGGCUCUGGGUGCUGGGAGCCCCCCACCCCCAAACGCCCCCACCCUGGGGGGCUCCCCCACAGACAAUCAGGUCCUGCUCACGCCAAAGGGCCCCUACCCCGUACAGCUGCUACUGGAGGGGGCCGUGGGGUAUGGGGCUCCCCCCCAGCUGGGAGAUUGAGGGGGAGGAGGGGCCAGAUGUGGGGCUGCAGGGGGAG